UGGCGGAAGGCAUGGGACUACGUGAAGACCAAGGAGUUUCGGGAUUAUGUGACCAGCACACACCUUUGGGGUCCCGUAUUCAACUGGGGCCUGCCGCUGGCCGCCUUUAAGGACAUGAGGGCGUCCCCGGAGAUCAUCAGCAGCCGCAUGACCACGGCGCUCAUCUUCUACUCGCUGGCCUUCAUGCGCUUCGCCUACCGCGUGCAGCCUCGCAACCGGCUGCUGAUGGCCUGCCACGGCACCAACGUGGUGGCGCAGAGCGUGCAGGGCGGCCGCCUGCUCAUCCACCGCUACGGCGGCGGCCUGAAGGCGGCUGCUGACACUGACACCGACACCAAAGCCGACACCAAAGCCGACACCGACACCACGGAGUGUGAGAGCGAGUACGUCUGCGACCCUGGGGAUUGCGGUUUCUUCUAGGUGGCCCCGGCCCCCACCUGCAGGCCCCGACGUGAGAUGCAUAAAGGCUGAGACUGGCCCUAUCGAACCUUGGCAGCUUGCCAGCUCCCAACUGUUAUUCUUCCGAAAGACGAAUAAAAGUUUGGGUUUGACUCUAA